AUGACAUCUACAAAUCCACCAAUUUCAGUCAACCUGAGAGUGGCCAAACACCACGAUGAGGCGGACGAUUGGGAGGAACAUCUCAUAUUAAGAGUCCCCGCCAAUGUUGUAAACCGUAUGGAGAAAGCGGUGAACGACGCGCCAGAUGCCGAAGAACUCGGAAUCAACAUUCAUGACGACAACCGAACGGUUCAAAUACGGCUGGGAAAUCAAAUUCUUCCAGCCAAAAUUCUGGAUCUCCCGACUGUCAACGAGGUUCACAAAACACUGGACAAAAUGACUCUGUAUAAGGUAACCAACAUCUCUCAAAUCAUCAUGUGUGAUGAGGCAAUGCCAAUCUCAAAAAAAGAAAAGAAGCCAUCACAAAAAGAGGGAUCUGAAAACAUGGAGCCAAAGAUAGAGGAGCAACAAGAAUCUGGAGAGGGAGCAUCGACAGUUGUGGUGAAAACUGCGCGACAGUUAGCAAAGGAGAAAGUCAAAGAGUUCCAUUUCCCCCAUGGGAUUACGCCUCCAAUGAAAAAUGCGAAAAAGAGAAGAUUUAGAAAGAAGAAGCAAAAGAAGACAAUGGCUGUUGAAGAGAUUGAAAGAGAGCUCAAACGUCUCCUCCGAUCGGACCUGGAAGCCCAGUCAGUACGUUGGGAAAUUGUAGCUGAUGACGGAACGAACCAAGACGAUGACGAUGACGUCGAGGUGUAUGGAGGAGACGACGGCAGCGACUUGGAGGACAAAGACGACGACAAGGAUAUCUUUCUCAGCGACGACGAAGACACACUAUGA